UCAGCUGACCACGUGUAGCCUGAAGCGGUAGUUGUAAACAUUGCUCUCUCGGGGUGAAGUUAGAUGUUUUUUUGCCUUUUCUAACGCGUGACUUUUUCUUAAGUAACGCUCCGAGAAUACGCAACAAGUCGUCUUAUUUAUGCACCACUCCCUAAAGAGAAUUCAGCUGGAAAGACCCAAAAGUGUUUGGUAGACCAACUCGUCCUAAAAGCGUACCAAGAUAAGAAGUGCCUCUCCAAUCAGAUGUCUUCUACACCUUCUGUCCUCCUAAAUACGGGGCUUCAGAUGCCCCUCCUGGGUUUAGGGACCUACAAGAUGGUGGAUCCUGAAGAAGUGUACCGGGCGGUGGAAGCAGCUCUUGAUGCUGGUUAUCGGGCCUUUGACAGUGCAGCCGUCUACCGGAACGAGGCUGACUUAAGCCGGGCCUUGAAGGAGCUCUUGCCCAAACAUGGCCUAACCAGAGAGGAUGUAUUCAUAACCAGUAAGCUGGGCCCCAAGGAUCAGGGGGAGAAAGCCAUGGAAGGAGCCCUGCGUAGCCUGUCUCAGCUGGACUUGGGUUACAUUGACCUCUACCUGAUCCACUGGCCUGGUACACAGGGUUUGGAUGUGACUGACAAGCGCAACCCAGGUAACCGAGCUCAGAGUUGGGCCUCACUGGAGGAGCUGCAUGCCCAGGGGAAGCUGAAGGCCAUUGGAGUGUCAAACUACACACCAGCACACAUGAGAGAACUGAUGCAGAGCUGCAAAGUCCCUCCUGCAGUGCUACAGGUAGAGUUUCACCCCAGGCUGUGCCAGACAGAGCUGAGGAAAGUGUGUGAGGAGUAUCAAGUGUGUUUCCAAGCGUACUCUUCUUUAGGGAAAGGACAGCUGGUCACUGACCCUGUGGUCAUGGAGGUGGCAAAGAACUGUGAACGCACCCCUGCACAGGUCCUUUUGCGCUGGGCUGUGCAGCAGGGCGUGCCAGUGCUCCCCAAGUCGUCAAAUCCAGAGAGAAUAAAGGACAAUGCCAGACUUUUUGACUUCACCUUGAGCGACACAGACAUGGACAGACUGUCAGCCUUGGACUGUGGGCAAAAGUAUUGCUGGGAUCCAUCAGAAGUUGCUUGAUAGACCACAAUUGUAACACACAUUGUCUUCCAUGAUGCCUCUUAAAUGCUGUUCUUUAGCUCGGACUGGCAGUGAUGCAGCGGUGGGAAACCACCACCAGUAUAAGUGGGAACUUGGAGUUAUGACAGAGGCAGCUCAGUUACAUGACAAAUACACUUGGCGAAUGUAUUGAUUAAGAUAAAAUGUAUGAGAUAUAAGACAGUUCAAGUAAUAUUUUGAACAAUAUUGGUGAGUAAGUGCCAUAAAACCCCUGGGCUUUUCAGGCUGUAGAUUUAUACUGAACAAAAAAAGUAUUUAAUGUGCCAACAUUUUAAGACCACUUCCAUAUUCUUUGUUGCCUCAUGCUGUUCUUAAAUCAUACUCUAACUAACACUACUGUGGCUUGUGGGUUGUAGCUUCCCAUUUGAGUUGUCUAUGAAUUAACACAUACUUAAAAUAUGCAAUUUUCAAAGUGUCCUUUGUACUGGAUAAUUCUGAAAAAAAUUACACAAUUACGAAACUCA